AUGUUUACUCGAACUGACGAACUUGCAGUGGAAUGGCACACUGACGAAUCGCAGAAGCAGGUGGAUCCAUGCUUUCUCGACUUCGGGUCUAAAGAUCGAAGUAUCUUCAAAGCGAUUCGGGAGCAGAGAGGACUUACGUAUUUUCCAAAAGGAAGGUGGACUUUAAGCAACAAUGAAGAUUUGGCACUGUAUCGUAGUAUGGAGGUAUACGGCUCUUGCUUCGGAAACUUGGUGAGACUCGUGGAAGGCACAACUCGGACGGCGCUGAAUACGAGGGAGGAGAUGGAAGAGAUAGCCACAAUGAAGAAGGAUUUCGAGAUUCUAUAUAUUUCUUCAAGAAUGUUCGUGUGUAUAUUCGGACUACAACCUCGGCCACCGCUUCUUGCCUCCCUCCUCUAUAUUGCCGCUCUAUUUAGUUUCCAACCUGCUGUUGUUGUACUUCUCAGCUAUGGCUCUGACGAAGAUGCCAUGAGUUAUGAAACAAGUAUCGCUACACCUUUACUUUGUGCACUAUAUCAUGGUCACAGUAUCCAAUAUCUGGAUAGAGGAAAAUGA